AUGUCUUCUACCAAGAAGCCCGCCAUUGGAUCCCGGUACUUCCCAUGGGACAACCUUCCCAAGAAAAUCAAGACCACUAUCAUUGAUCUUGUUGCCAAGGACGAUUGGCCUUGUGGCGCUCUCGCUACCGUCUCGCGGGAGUUCCAAAUGUUGAUUGAGCCUCACACCUUUCAGAGCAUUACAGUGACACCAGCACGCAUCGCCGAGUUUGGCAAGAUGACUGCUCGAAAUCAACACCACGUGCAAAACCUGUGGCUCUCCUUGGAGUUGCAGCCGUACAUUUGCGGUGACUGCCUUGAGAACGACGACGAAGCGGUGGUGCUUCUUCUUACAGCCACGCUCGCAGCCGCGCGACAAGAAUGUGCCAUCAUUACAAAUACCAUCCGCUGGCUCUUUAGCCACUUACAAACCUGGUCGCUCGAUCGUAGACAGGGAAAAGGACUGGUGCUCGACAUCAGCGCCCACUGUACGAGUGACAGGGAGCACGCCUUCAGCUACCUCACAUCCGAGCCCUACUGGAGGGCUGGCGAUGCCGCCUGGAUCGAUCGACACGAGGCGAUUCUCAGAGACAAUUCUCCAUGGGUCAGACAAACCGGAUGCGAGAUGCGUAUUGUUGAGUGGCACCAGCUGCACAGCUGCUUCCGCGAAGUUUUCCCAGUACCGUUGCCCGCCAAUAUUAGAGAAUUCUGGGACGACAUGCCAAAAGUGCCCCUUAUCACAACCAUCAUGAUACGACAGCAGAAUCGACGUCGUUGGAGCCCAGGCAUUAUAGGGAGGAUACUGUCGUGCUGUCCAAACGUCCAGGAACUCAUCUACGAGCCCUGGAGGGAAUGGUUCCCAACCCGCCAAUAUCGGGCGGAUGAAGACAGCAACCUCUUGUUCGAAUCGCUGCCAGCUCUUCGCAGCCUAGUCAUCUUUGAGAACUUCAACGAAACCUACGCGGACGCGAUGCGGCAACGUGCUCUCCGGUCCCUGCCCACGACACCCCGACGACUUGUGCGAGCCAGUCUCGGCGUCGAAGAGUUUUCCGCCUCGUUUCUGGUCGAGGCCGCGGGUUUCCUGCGCAGCAGCCUGGAGAGCGGGUGUGUCUGGCCGAACCUGACCUCGUUCGCCAUGACGUCUCGGCUGCUGACCGAUGAUAUGCCCCAGGGCGGCUCGCCGAGGAUCCAGCGGCUGCUGUGGAACGCGGCCGCCGCCGCGCGCCGCAUGCCCAAUCUGAGGGUCAUGGAGCUGUGGCACGGGCAGGAGGGCCGGGCCGUGGUGUUUCGCUACCAGCCGUCGGCGCACGACGGCGGCCCGGCCUCGGUCGUCUGCCGCGGCACCCGGGCAACCUACCUUUCGGAUCGAGUCCGGCAGGCGUGGAGAGACACUGCGGUGCAUGGCCGCAGUGCUGGUGUUACUUUUCGGCAAGAGCGUCUGGAUGGGAAACUUGUCACGUCCCAUGCGGCCGCUAUUUCAAUGCUGCAGCUUGUCAGUCGGGUCAUUCAGCCAAUCUCUCUGCAACAGACGCACCAGGAGAUUGCGAUGAGACAAAGGCUUCGAGUCAUGGGGCUGGAAACAUGA